AACGACAAUGGGCAUGCGGUGGAAUUGGAAAUAAACCUUUGCGGUGGCUAUCGCGGAAUUGCAUAAAUAGCGAGUCUAUCGAACAACGUGCUUCACAAACUUGAGAAUAUUAAACAAUUUGGAGGUGCGGAAAGUGUAUAGUUUUAGUUGUGCCCGGAGUAAAAGAGCAACAGUUUUAAAAAGUAAAUGAAAAAUUGUGUAAAAGUUUUAUAGCAAGUGUAAUAUAAGAUUUUUUUGUAAAGUGUAUCAGCAGAGGAGUAUCGCAGUCAAUUCAUUGUGUGAACGUGUGAUUGAGCAACCUUUUUGAUUUGUUGUGGACAAUCGUCUAUUGCAUUUGCCACGAACAAACCCUUCCUGCGGAGCCGACAGUAAAAUCUCGGCUGUGUGAGAACCAUAUAAAAUUCUUGCCUCUGUGUAGAAGAGUGAGUGAGGUCAUUCUGUGGAUAUCUAUAAACAUAAAUUUCAAUAAAGGAAACUAGUGUGAGGAUUCUAUACAUCGUAUACACAAAAAUUGAACCGAUAGUCGGGCGCCGAUAGAAAAUAAAAGAUAGAAAUUCUAAAUUAGAAUUGUUGUGUAAAUAAUAAACGACGAAAUAAUAAUCUAGAAGAAGAGGUUGACAAUAAAUCCAUAAAACCUUUAGCAAGAAAUAGUAUUUCGUCAUCAUACCGAAUUUAGAAAAAGGGCACGAAUAUUGCAUUUCUGACCGGCAAACUAUUACACAAUAAGCACACAAAACUACAUUUUGUAUAGUUGGAGACUUCGUGUCAAUAAUUACCUACAAUUUAAUAUUUUUGAUUACACUUUCACGUGCCCAUAGCUGGAAACGAAAACUGGAUACAUCAUUAGUCGUUUGAAGUGCAAAGAAAUAAGUGCAUAUUGCGGCCUUAGUAUUUUUUAACAAAAUAUAUUAAUACUUACCAGUUAAAAAGUUAGUAAAAGUUAUUCACAUUUAAAAUGGGUUUACUCAGCGAAGGCAGUCCACUCUCAUGGGAAGAAACCAAAAAAUUAGCUAAUCAUGUGCGUGAACAUGGCAUCACGCAGUUUAUAAAUCUCUAUCACAGGCUAAAGGAUCGCACUGGCGACAUACUCAAGUGGGGUGAUGAGGUUGAAUAUAUAAUCGUUAAGUUUGACGAUGAAAAUCGCGUUGCACGUGUCUCACUGAAAGCGCCAGAACUACUAAAUCACCUUAAUGAGAAAGAGUUAGCCGAUCCCAAGGGCGUCAAAUCGUUGUGGCGCCCCGAAUACGGUGCUUACAUGAUCGAAGGUACGCCAGGCAGGCCGUUUGGCGGUCUUAUGGCACACUUCAAUCUAGUGGAGGCGAAUAUGCGUUAUCGGCGUGAAGAGGUCACAGAAAUACUGGACAAAGAUGAGUGUGUCAUGUCCAUAACGAAUUUCCCACGUUUGGGCGCACCGGAAUUCACACAUCCCAUCUACUAUCCAAAUCCGGACGAUCCGAAUAGCUCGGCUAAAUCGCUAUAUUUCCCAGAUGAAGCCAUAUUUCCAGCACAUCCACGCUUCAAGACGUUAACACGUAAUAUACGUAAACGACGUGGCGAGAAAGUCGCCAUCAAAUUAAAAGUUUUCAAAGAUGUAAACACAAAGCUACCCGUAGAGGGUGCACCAAAGGGUGAACCCGAUGUCGUUGCACUCGACGCCAUGGGCUUCGGUAUGGGCUGUUGUUGUCUGCAACUUACAUUCCAGGCCUGUAACAUCAAUGAGGCACGCAAAUUGUAUGAUCAAUUGGCGCCAUUGUGUCCCAUUAUGUUAGCACUUACAGCAGCAUCGCCCAUAUAUCGUGGCUAUUUAACCGAAUCCGACUGUCGUUGGAAUGUGAUAAGCUCCUCAGUAGACUGCCGCACCGAGGAGGAGCGUGGUUUACGGCCACUAAGUGAAAAUAAGUUCCGUAUCGCAAAAUCGAGAUAUGAUUCGAUCGAUUCAUAUCUAUCACCAGAGGGUGCCGCAUACAACGACGUACCGCUCACAUACGACGAGCAAGAUUAUAAACGUCUACGCGAUGGUGGCAUUGAUCCGCUAUUGGCGCAACAUGUAGCUCACUUGUUCAUACGCGAUACGGUUUCAUUGUUUAGUGAGAAAAUCGACCAAAAUGACGAAGAGGACACGGAUCACUUUGAGAAUAUACAAUCGACCAAUUGGCAGACAAUGCGCUUCAAGCCGCCCCCGCCAAAUUCGUCCAUCGGCUGGCGCGUGGAGUUCCGGCCAUGCGAGGCGCAGAUAAGUGACUUUGAAAAUGCUGCCAUUGUUUGCUUUGUCGUGCUGCUGACACGAGUGAUACUAUCGUAUCAAUUAAAUUUCCUGAUCCCCAUCAGUAAGGUUGAUGAAAACAUGCAAACUGCUCAGAAGCGUGACGCUUGUCGCAAAGAAAAAUUCUGGUUCCGCAAAACUUCUAAAAAGAGCUGCUACAUAAAUGGCAACGGUGUUAAUGGCGUACACAACGGUACUAAGGAGAAUGGCGAAACAAAUCAUGAGGAAUACGAAUUGUUGACAGUUGGCGAAAUUUUCAAUGGCAAGGCUGACUCUUUCCCUGGUCUCGUGCCGCUCAUUCGUAGCUACUUGCAAUCAAUGGAAGUUGAUCCUGACACUCAUUGCACAAUUGAGCAGUAUUUACGUUUUAUAGAGAAGCGUGCUUCUGGCGAGCUGGUCACAACUGCUACUUGGAUGCGCGAGCAAGUGUUAAAUCAUCCAGAUUAUAAACAAGACUCCGUUGUAAGCGAUCGUAUCAACUACGAUUUGCUCAAGCGAAUCAAGGAUAUCCAGGAGGGCAAAGUGAUCGAACCCACAUUACUCGGUAAAGGCAAUCAUUCCAAAACGAAAGAUUCGCUGCCGCCCGCACUGCAGAAGCAGUUGGCAUUGAAUGGCUGCUGCGAGAAUAAAUGACCACCCAAUGCGCAGGCGCAAACUAUUAUUGGGCAAUGUGAUCAGCAGUAAAUUUUUUUUAUUAAAUGCGUAUAAGUAAAAGAAAUGUGAUGCUAUAGGUUUAUGAUGAUGACGAAACUUUUUUACCCAUCGUCGAUGCUGCAAAUUGAAUGUUUUUUGUUAUACUUAAAAAAAUAUAUAUAAUUAAUGAAAAAAAAAUAGUUGAAAAACUUUUGAAAGUAAUUGAUUUAAACCAAAGCCUUAUGGCUAAUAAAUAAAUAAAUUUUAUUUGAUAUCUAAAUAAAACAAAAAAACGUAAUAUACUAUGUGCAACCAUAUAGCGUAUGUAUGGCCGGGUGUAAAAUUUACUGUUUUGAGAUUGUUGAUUAAUCCACAAAUAAAAAUAUAUGCAAUUUUUUGACUUAUUCAAAGUGGAUUUAUGUUCAAUGUUAUUAUAUCUCCUCUCUUUGAAAUACGUAUGUUGUGAAAAAAAAACUAAAACUGUAACUGUUUGUGAGCACUGGAACUUUCUAGAAAUGAUUAUUCAAAGCCAAUGUAGAAACGAUUAUUUAUAUAUUUACAAAAUCUCCUAUUAUAAGCUAUUUAAUUACAUACUUAAUAAUGCAUUUAAGCUUUACCUACAUGAUUAAUUAUUGCAAAUAUUAAAAAAAAAAAAACUGAAAUUAAUCCUGAUUACAACAAUCUGACAUAUGUAUUUUAUUAUUAUUUGAAACCGAUUUCAAAUCACGUCGUGCUUUAGUUCUUUUGAAGAGAAGAAAAUUUUAAACAGGUAUUAUGAAAACUAAAAACCAAUACUGUAAUAACAAAUCAAAAGUAUAAAUCUUAUUAAACGUUAUCACAAACCAGCCAAAA